AUGGAGCGCUUAUGUUUGAUCCUCCUGCUGAUGGGUAGGACCACUUCAGUCUUGGCACAGUUUAAUGGAUACAACUGUGAUGCCAACUACCACACGGAGCGCGACAUCAGUGUGUACUGUGGGGUUCAGACCAUGACCUUGAAGAUUAACUUCUGCCCAGUGCUGUUCUCAGGCUACACAGUUGCAGAUCUGGCGCUCAACGGUCGCCAUGGCGAUACCCACUGCCGGGGCUUCAUCAAUAACAACACGUUCCCCACGGUAGUACUGUUCAGCAUCAGCCUCAGCACACUGGAGGCCUGCGGCAACAGCCUGGUGGUCACAACAUCCUAUGGGGCUAAUGCCUACAGGAACAUGUCACUGGUGCAGAUUGGGAAUAUCUCAGGGUACAUCGACACUCCAGAUCCGCCAUCCAUCAUCAGCUAUCUGCCCGGCCUGCUGUACAAAUUCAGCUGCAGCUACCCCCUGGAAUACCUGGUCAACAACUCACAGCUGGCAUCAUCAUCUGCUGCAAUAUCAGUGAAGGACAGCAAUGGUACCUUUGUGAGCACAUUGAGUAUGAUCCUUUACAAUGACUCAACCUACAACCAACAACUCUCUAUCCCAAUGGCCGGACUGGCUUUGAAAACCCGAGUGUUUGCUGCAGUGAAAGCCACAAACCUGGACAAACGAUGGAAUAUCUUGAUGGACUACUGUUACACCACUCCCUCAGGGAAUCCCAAUGAUGAACUGCGCUAUGACCUUUUCUUUGGCUGCUAUAAAGACCCACAGACCACUGUUUUUGAGAAUGGGAAGAGUCAAAUGGGUCGUUUCGCCUUCGAAGUGUUCCGUUUCGUCAAACACAGACACCAGAAGAUGUCCACUGUGUUUCUGCACUGUGUCACCAAGCUGUGUCGGGUAGAUGACUGUGUCCUGCUCAUGCCGAUCUGUGGGCGUCGGCGUAGGAGGGACAUAGAGGAUAGCCUGGAGUCUCGGCCGUCGUCUGGGGAUGCCAUCAUCACCGCUGGACCCAUCAUCACCAGGAUUGGUACGCAGUACACCUCUUCAUCCAUAACCACUUCAACUUAGACU